UAUGGCUGGGGCUUUGGGCUUUGAGUUGAACUGUUGUAGUAGUAUGCGUCUCAUCUUCAUAGAGAUGGAGUGCGUCUAAUCCAAUGUGCCAAUUGCCAAAGCAGCCGCAUCCCCGCAUGGCGCAAGGGCCGUUCCCGUCCCGCGCCGGUCCCCACCACUGCGUCACAUUUGAAUUUGAAAAUCAACCACCAAAAAAGAAGGCCCACACCACACAGUCACAGUGUCACACCCACCCGUUGCGACUUGCGAGUUUGCGUUUUGCGAGCGAGGGAUCGAAACAGAGAGCCAGGAAUUAAACAGAUAAACGCUCGGCUUGUCAGCGCUUUGCUGCGUAUUCAAAAAGGAAUAUAAUAAGAAAAAAAGUAACCAGAUUUGAAGUUUGAAUGCAACCGCAACCUUAAAAACCCUAACCCCCACCCUUCAUACUCUCCUUUCAGCAAAGAUCCAAUCUGUUGUCGAUCAAUGCAACGCCUCUUUCGCUUCUUCUCUGUAUCUCUUGGCACCAGAGAACACUUGGGGCCCCAACAUUCGUCUGGUUUUCUAUUUUUCACGAAUGGGUGUCUCUAUUAUCUGGUUUGUUGAAUUGAACUGUAACUCACGAACUGAACGUCGGCAGAUUUGAUUUUUUUUUUUUUUUCAUUCUAUUGUCUUUCGUGGGAAACCAUCAUGGAGGAUCGGUUUGGCUCGGGAUCUGCACCGGGUCCAUUGCUCGUGAAUCCUAGAUCGGAUCCAAAGCCGUUGGUAGGGAAGCGGGAUUGUACACAAUUGGGAGAAAAUUCAGAGCUCGCUCGCAAGCGAAUUAAAAUUAGAGGUUUGGAGUCAGUGUUCCGCUCCGAGGCUAGUUUGAUUAAUGAAAUUCACUAUUCAGAACCUUCAAUGAGGAGAGAAACCAUGGACCAAUUGCACCUUGACAAACAAAAGGAGUCAUCCCGAAUUACAGAACAGCCUGCGACCACAAUUUUGGAUGUAUCUCAGACAAUAAGAAUGGGAGGGAACAAACCUUCUCUCUUAGAGGAUGCUACUUGUUUGAGUUUGGGCAACACUCACAUUGCUCCAAAUCCUUUAGAUCUCAAUGCCAAAGCCCAAUCUGUUAAUAAUUCAGUGCAUGGUAAAACAUUGGUAUACACCAAUCACAUUAGAAAACCAUCCUUGAUUGAAAAGCAUCAGACAGAUUGUGACCUUAAUUUUAUGACUUCCAAUUCCAAAGGAACCGAGUUGGAUCUCAAUGCACAAGAUGCAUCUAGCUCAGUAGUCCAAGAUCCUUUUUUUCAUCUCAAACUUCUUGAUCAUGUGAAAUCCAGAGAGGCUUCUGAGUGCGGGAGCUCAACUGGGCCUUUGGAGGAGAAUGACUCAUUGAGAAUGUGGAAAGAGAUGAAAAAGAAUGGCUUCAUGUCAUCUUCUCAUGGAGGCAUUCCAAUGCCAAAACAGCGUGGGAGGAAAGGUAAAAAUGAUGUGCUCAAGAAAAAAAUGGAGCUUGCAAAGAGAGAACAAGUUAACAGGUUCACAAAGAUUGCUGCUCCCAGUGGUUUGCUCAAUGGAUUGAAUCCUGGCAUCAUUAACCAUGUGAGAAAUAGUAAACAGGUCCAUUCUAUAAUUGAGGCCUUGGUGAGAUCUGAAAAGCUUGAAAAUGGCCAUCUUCAAAGCAGAUCAGCAAGCCAUAUAAAAGGAGUAGCAAAAGAAAUUUAUGAUAGGAAGAAGAACCUGGAAAAUGUACAGGAUGCAGGAAACAGUCAACUUAAUCGUUCUCAUGAAAAUGAACCACCAAAAACCUCAUUAGAAUGUACAUAUGCUCCAAUAUCCUUGAAUAGACCAAGUUUUCCUUUCAGCUUAGAUCACAAAGUUGGAUCCACUGACUCAGAUAUAGUGGAAAGAAAGGUUCAUGGUGCAAGUUCUGAUGCUUCAAACUUCACCUCUGAACAUGAAGAUAAUACUCUUAUAGUCAAAUUGUCAUCAGCCACAGCUGUUGCAUUGGAGGAUAAUAACUCUGUAUCUAAUAAUGAGUCAGCAAAUCAAGCAAGUGUUUGUUUAUCUGUAAAAGCUGCAACUGUAGCUUCUCAGUGGUUGGAACUUCUUUAUCAAGACAUCAAAGGACGUCUGGCAGCGUUGCGGCGUAGUAGGAAGAGAGUUCGAGCUGUAAUUGAAACAGAACUGCCUUUUCUAAUGUCAAAAGAGUUCUCUGAUAACCAAGAAAAUGACCUUUAUUUUAGGAAACCAUCCACUGAUAGACAUGCCAAUAUUGCAAGUCCAGAGAUGCAUCGGGCAAAGUGGACUACUUUGUUUGAUCAAAUGGAAGGUAUAUUGGCUGAAGAGGGAAAACAUUUGGAGCGCUGGUUGGAUCAAGUCAAAGAAAUGCAAUUGCAUUGUGAACAGGGUCUCCAAUGUGUGAACUGGUUUACAGCAAAUGGUCUGCUGCAAGUAGGUGGAUCGGAUUCUGACUACAGAUUAACGAAAGCAGAUGACACAGAGAGAGAAUUAGCUAUUAGGGCAGCAGCUGCGUCCAUUUACUCCACGUGCAACUUCAUCUUGUCAACUGAAAAUGUAUCAUGUUUCUAAAUUUUAUCCUAUUUUUCUGCUUAUCAGGCUUAUUUUUAACUUCAUGGAAUUAUUUCUUACCUUCAUCCUUGUUAAUGUCCAUGUGCAUUUAUAUUACUGAGCAACCUAGUGAUUUAGGUUUGUUUCUUUGUAACAUUAGAAACUAUAAUUCAUCAUUUAUGUUUCAAUGUUAUUGGAUACUAGAUUUUCUAGUAGCGGCA